AUCACAUUACUUUUAUAUUGUAAGAGGUAACUUCAUUUAGCUCAUGGAUUCAGCUCCUUCCUGUUCUUGGCUGCAUGCCUUCUUCUUCUUAGCAUUAGUGUGGUUCUUUAACUGUGGAUGUGUUCAUGGAUCCACCCCUGCAGUGAAAGUGGGAAACUUUUCAAAAGUGGAAGAUGCUGUGAACUUUCAUAUUUACUAUGGCCAGACUUUCAAAGUCAUUAAGGAUGCAGCUGAUGGCCAGAGCUACCUUCUUCUCCAGAAUAAUUCAAGAAUGGCGUCAAGGACAAAAUAUUGCACGUCAAGAAUCAAAUCAUUUGUCAUACCAUUGUCAAACUAUUCGGUUGAUACGGAUUAUAUUCCUGUUUCCUUCUUAGAGCUUUUAGGCUUACUGGAGAGCUUGAAAGGCAUAACCUCAGACUCUGUGGCUUCUCCAUGUGUGUUGAAAUUGUGUGGAGGAGGACAGAUAGAGAUCUUCAACAAAAGUGAUUACCAAAACCUUGCACAAUUUUCUUCAUACUUCCUUAGUGACACUGAUCAGCAGCCAGGUUGCAAUUUUGCAACUUUUGAUCCCUUUAUGGAGGAUACCCCUUUGCAGAGAGCAGAAUGGAUCAAGUUCAUGGGAGCUUUUGCAAAUGUUGAAGCUAGAGCCAAUCAAGUCUAUGCUGCAGUUAAGGAUAACUAUCUGUGCUUAACUAAAAUUGCAACAAAUAGGACAACCUUCAAGCCAACAGUAGCUUGGAUGAUGUAUCAAAAUGGUGUUUGGUCUUUUACAAAGGAUAAGUAUCAGUUGAAGUACGUGGAAGAUGCAGGUGGAGAAAUUUUGGAUGCCUCUAUAAACAAGAACACUUACAAUGUCUCUGAUCCUGAUGACUUGGAGGAAUUGCAUGCCAUCCUAUGUACCGUGGAAGUAGUUAUUGACGAAACACUAACUUCUGAUCCAUUCAACUACACGUUGUCAACAUUCAUCCAAAAUUUAAAUGUUGAAGAUCGUUCUUGUUUUUCCUUUAUUACAAACACAAGUCUGUGGAGAUACGACAGAAGAGUUCAAAAUUCUAUAGCUCUUGACUGGUAUAAUGGAGCAAUCUCCCAACCCCAAUUGGCACUAGCAGAUCUUAUUGAAGUUCUAUUUCCCACUGGAAAUUACACGAUGACAUUUUUUAGGAACCUUGCAAAGGGAGAAUUGCCCAUAAAUAUUAGUCCUGAAAUGUGUGACAGGGACACCUCCACAGCAUUGGAGCCAACAAUAGUAGCAUGUGGAUGAUUAUUCAAAAAUAGAUAUAGAAA